UUAAUGUGAGUCUGGAAGGAGAGUUUACAGUCUAGCCAGACACCUAGGUAGUUGUCCACAUAUUCUAAGUCAGAACCAUCCAGAGUAGUGAUGCUGGGCGUGCAGGUGCGGGCAGUGAUCGGUUGAAGAGCAUGCAUUUAGUUGUACUUGCAUUUAAGAGCAGUUGGAGGCCACGGAAGGAGAGUUGUAUGGCAUUGAAGCUCGUCUGGAGGUUAGUUAACACAGUGUCCAAAGAAGGGCCAGAAGUAUACAGAAUGGUGUCGUCUGCGUAGAGGUGGAUCAGAGAAUCACCAGCAGCGAGAGCGACAUCAUUGAUGUAUACAGAGAAGAGUCAGCCCAAGAAUUGAACCCUGUGGCACCCCCAUAGAGACUGCAAGAGGUCCGGACAACAGGCCCUCCGAUUUGACACACUGAACUCUAUCAGAGAAGUAGUUGGUAAACCAGGCGAGGCAAUCAUUUGAGAAACCAAGGCUGUCGAGUCUGCCAAUAAGAAUGUGGUGAUUGACAGAGUCGAAAGUCUUGGCCAGGUCGAUGAAUACGGCUGCACAGUAAUGUCUCUUAUCGAUGGCGGUUAUGAUAUCGUUUAGGACCUUGAACGUGGCUGAGGUGCACCCAUGACCAGCUCUGAAACCAGAUUGCAUAGCGGAGAAGGUACGGUGGGAUUCAAAAUGGUCGGUAAUAUGUUUGUUGACUUUGCUUUCGAAGACCUUAGAAAGGCAGGGUAGGAUAGAUAUAGGUCUGUAGCAAUAUGGGUCCAGAGUGUCUCCCCCUUUGAAGAGGGGGAUGACCGCGGCAGCUUUCCAAUCUUUGGGAAUCUCAGACGAUACGAAAGAGAGGUUGAAAAAGGCUAGUAAUAGGAGUUGCAACAAUUUUGGCAGAUCAUUUUAAAAAGAGAGGGUCCAGAUUGUCUCGUCCGGCUGAUUUGUAGGGGUCCAGGUUUUUCAGUUCUUUAAGAACAUCAGCUAUCUGGAUUUGGGUGAAGGGGAAAUGGGGGAGAUUUUGGCGAGUUGCUGUGGAGAGUGCAGGGCGGUUGACCGGGGUAGGGGUAGCCAGGUGGAAAGCAUGGCCAGCCGUAGGAAAAUGCUUAUUGAAAUUCUCAAUUAUAGUGGAUUUAUCGGUGGUGACACUGUUUCCUAGCCUCAGUGCAGUGCAUCACACCGGGAAUCUUCCCCUUCAGUUCGUCAGCUUUUACAUUUACCGCUACCCCAGUAAUCACUUUGCGCUUUUCUUGAGAGCAAAACAAUUCACCUGUCUUGCCCCCGUUCAUUUAACACGGAGCACCUGCUCCCUCCCGACCAGCAGAAACACAAACAAUUAUCACUAGACCACUACUGGUUACCCUCACAGAUUUCACAGCACCCAACUCUGUUUUCACCCACUCUGUAACCACAAAUGGAUCAGACAAAAGGCAAGGGUCCACUUUUUCCAAAAAGCUUCAGUCCUACUGUCACAGACUCAUCUUUACCCUGACAGCUGGUCUCUCUCCUGCUACAUUAAAACGAUGUGCUGAUAUGGAUCAUAUUUGAAGGUAUAAUCAAAUUGCAGGCAUGAGAAGAUCAUCAAGGGAUAUCAACUUUAAGAAUAAAGAAAAUGCCAUGUGUCAAAUUAUUUUGAUCAAGAAGUAGAAGUGGUCAAUCACUGGCAAAUCUGUAGCAGUCAAAUGAACCUGUAAAGCGGGUAGUAACAUGAUUAGAUAAUUGCGUCUGGCUAAUGGUAGUAGGAGUAAAUGUCUUACAUCAUCGCAGUUUGUUCAUGAUUUUUAGCGACACACAUAAAUAAAGUAAAGCACACUAUACCAGGCUUUCAAAUGGUAUGCAAAGAAAACAGCCGCGAUGUAAAAUAUCCAUAAUGGAGCACAAUUGCUGUGCCCCUGAUCGUGGCCUGUCUAUAACUACCCAGCAGUUGGGUGUCCAGACUUCUUCCGCAUUUUCCUACGACUUUCGGGCUGUGACGUGAGUGCUGACGGCGGCCUUGGUGCUGGCGGAGCUGGGGGCUGUAGCGAUUAUCAGUGGAGCUUCGAAAGUCUCGGCCCCUCCCUCCCUGCGCCUCAGCGGCCCGCCCAGCUAGCACAAACUCCCGAUUGAAUCCUGCCCGAGUCUGGGGAAACCGGACGGCCUGGAAAUCGUGAGAGGCCAACCUGUACUACACAACUGUGCUGCAGUGACAAAUGAGGUGUAAGGACAAUGGAUGAGGAUGAGACAAGGCUUGCACUCCAUUCCCAGGAUCCUAAAAUCAUUCUCCAUGGAUCAGCGAUAUGUUUAUGUAGGCCAACACGGAAGAUAUCCACCUGUUCCUGUGUUGGUGUGUUCCAGAUGAGGGUGGUGCUGGAGGGGAGGAGUUUGUGGUGGAGCUGCAGGAGACGGUGCUUGUGUCGGAGGGGGAGGGGGAGGGAAUGGCGGUGCAUGGGUUCGCUCCAGAGGAGCUGGUGAUACAGGAUGCGGUUGAGGACGUGGUGUCUGAGUAUGUGCACUGCGACGAGGACGAGGAGGUUGCUGUGGAGACAUGUGUGAUGUCGCUGGAGGGGGAGGACGAAGGCGUUGCCAUGGGGGACAUGGCUGAGGAUGAGAUGGUGGCAGACGGGCAUGCCCAGGAUGAACUGGACCCAGAGCAAGACACAGACGGCUGUGGGGACUACCUCAUGAUCUCCUUGGAUGAGGCAGGCAAGAUGGUGUCAGACGACGGCACAGAGGUGACUGUGGAGGGAGCCGUAGAGGACCAGGUGGAGAAGGACGAGGAUGGCCAGGAGGUGAUCAAGGUGUACAUCUUCAAGGCAGACUCUGGGGAGGAUGACGUGGGAGAAACUGAGGACGCGGCACUGACGGACUCUACAGGGCGAACGCUCCGAGAGAAGAUGGUGUACAUGUCUCAGGGGGACCAUGGUGCAUCAAAGAUAUCUGAUGAGGUUUACAUGGAGGUGGUGGUGGGGGGUGAGGAGCCAGUGACCCAUGAGCGGUCUUACGAUGGCACGGCUCUCAGUAAGGACUUCAUGCCUGUGGCUUGGGCAGCCGCUUAUGGUUCUGAGGACAGUGAAAGCUGUGAGAACCGGAACGGUGCCGCCAGUGCUCUGCUGCACAUUGACGAGUCAGACGGAGUGGACAAGGUCAGCAGGCAACGGAACAAGAAUAAGAGAACAAGGGCUGAGCCUCGCCAGGUCCAGACAGCCAUCAUUAUUGGUCCGUAUGGCCAGCCUCUGACCGUGUACCCCUGCAUGCUCUGUGGCAAGAAGUUCAAGUCGCGAGGCUUCCUGAAGCGCCACACCAAAAACCACCACCAGGAUGUCCUGACCAGGAAAAAGUACCAGUGCACGGACUGUGACUUCACCACCAACAAGAAGGCCAGCCUUCAUAACCACAUGGAGGGGCACACGCUGAGCUGCAAGGGUCUGUUUGAGUGUGAGGUGUGUGGCAAGGAGUUCCACCAGCAGGCAGUGCUCUUCUCUCAUCGAUUGCAGCACCACCACCGUGAGCCCAAGAGUCCGGUGCCUUCACAGGCCAACAAGAUGCACAAGUGUAAGUUCUGUGACUACGAGACGGCUGAACAAGGUCUGCUCAACCGCCACUUGCUGGCUGUACAUAGUAAGAGCUUCCCCCACAUCUGUGUGGAAUGUGGCAAGGGCUUCCGGCACCCCUCCGAGCUGAAGAAACACAUGCGCACGCACACCGGCGAGAAGCCUUACUCUUGCCUCUACUGCGACUACAAGUCGGCUGAUUCCUCCAACCUGAAGACUCAUGUCAAGACCAAGCACAGCAAAGAGAUGCCUUUCAAGUGUGAGCGCUGCUUCCAAACAUUUGCUGAGGAGGAGGAGUUGCUGCAGCACGGGCUGACGCACGAGGAGGCCAAAACCCACCUGUGUGCCCACUGUGAACACAAGAGCUCCAACUCCAGUGACCUGAAGCGCCACAUCAUAUCGGUGCACACCAAGGACUACCCCCACAAAUGUGCCGUCUGCGAUAAAGGCUUCCACCGGCCAUCUGAACUGAAGAAGCACUCUGCGUCUCACCGUGCCAAGAAACUGCACCAGUGCCGACACUGCAACUUCAAGAUCGCGGACCCCUUUGUGCUCAGUCGCCAUAUCCUGUCGGUUCACACCAAGGAGCAACAGGCCUCUCCUGAAAAGAACGGGCCCAAAAGGACCUUAUUGGGGCCUUCCCCUGCCAGUCCACCGGUGGCAAGGAAGCAGGUGUUGGUACCUGGUGCUAGUUCUAGUGCUGCGGGCAUGGCCAAGGGGCCCAGGGAGAGGAGGGUGUACCAGUGUCAGUACUGUGACUACAGCUCUGGGGAUGCCUCGGGCUUCAAGCGCCAUGUGAUCUCCAUCCACACAAAAGACUACCCCCACCGCUGUGAGAUCUGCUCUAAAGGCUUCCGCAGGCCGUCGGAGAAGAGCCAGCAUAUCGCACGCCACCACAAGGACUUAGUGCAGGCAGAGUGACCCUGGCACAACCUUCCCCUCAUACCACAACAAAAACACAGAUGGAACCACUAACCCACCGUAAUCAAUUGUAUGUAUGUGUGUAUACUGAACAAAAAUAUAAAUACAACAAUUUCAAAAAUGUUACUUAGUUAAAGUUCAUAUAAGGAAAUCAGUCACUUGAAAUUAAUUAAUUAGGCCCUAAUCUAUGGAUUUCACAUGACUGGGAAUACAAAUAUGCAUCUGUUGGUCAUAGAUACCUUAAGAGUAGGGGCAUGGAUCAGAAAACCAGUCAGUAUCUGGUGUGAGACCACCAUUUGUCUCAUGCAGCGUGACACAUCUUCUUCGGAUCUCGCAAUGGUAUCUCUGCAUUCAAAUUGCAAUCGAUAAAAUGCAAUUUGGUGUUCGUUGUCUGCAGCUUAUGUCUGCCCAUACCAUUACCAUGGGGCACUGUUCACAAUGUUGACAUCUGCAAACCACCCACCCACACGACGCCAUUCACAUGGUCUACGGUUGUGAGGCCAGUUGGACAUACUGCCAAAUAAUUUAAAAGAAAGUUGGAGACUGCUUAUGAUAGAGAAUUGAACAUUCAAUUUUCUGGGAACAGCUCUGGUGGACAUUCCUGCAGUCAGCAUGCCAAUUACACGCUCCCUCGAAACUUGAGACAUCUGUUGUAUGACAAAACGUUCCAUUUUAGAGUGGCCUUUUAUUGUCCCCAGCACAAGGGGCACCUGUGUAAUGAUCAUGCUGUUUAAUCAGCUUCUUGAUAUGCCACACCUGGCAGGUGGAUGGAUUAUCUUUGCAAAUGAGAAAUGCUCACUAACAAGGAUGUUGACAAAUUUGUGCACAAAAUUUGAGAGAAAUAAGCUUUUUGUGCAAAUGGAACAUUUCUUUUGACUUUCAAUUCAGUUCAUGAAACAUGGGACCAACACUUUUCAUGUUGUUUAUAUUUUUGUUCAGGGUCUGUCUGUCUGUUCGCUGCAUUAACAUGGAACAUCUUCUGUUAUUACCCCAGAGACUCUCAAGCUAACUUUUCUGCAACUGAAAAUGAAUAUAAGUGUACAUAUACCUGGGUAAGGCCUAUGGAAUCAGGUGACAAAGCCCUGUACAUACUUGCACUUUUGUCUGCAUGUCCCCCUGCUGGUGAACGUGUGCAUUGUAGGAUGUGCAAGAGUCUGAGGUCUUUGUAGAUUCAUACAUUCGUUUUUACUCCACAGCCAACAGUCCAGUUAUUAAAGUAGCAACUUUUAAUCCUACUUUUACUUGUUGACACACAACUAAGACUAAAUGUAAUCUACAAGCUGUAUUCACACAAUGAAAUGGACAUUCACCUGCUGUGAAAAAGCAGGUCAACUGUGCAGAGUGGUCGAGAUGAACUCUUAUUCGAAUAGCACUUGCCAAUAUAUUUAAUGAACUAUGAAUGCAGUAAUCAUGAACUUGUGAAUUACACCUGAUGCUUUGAAUGCUGAGACACUGAGAGAAUGUUUUUUUAUGUGGUUGAGUGCCAGUUAUGGGGGAUGUGUCAGUUAAGACACAUUGUUGUAGUGUCUCUAUACCCGAUGCAAGUCCUGCCUACUUCCUGGUUCAAGUCCCGUACUGUUUUUGAAUGGGCGUCAAGCUUAUAUCAUCAAAUUCAUAAAAACGUGUUAAUUUAAAUUUUAAAAAAUUGUCACAUAUGUAUCCGUGGAUUAAUUCACCUUUAUCCAAUGGAUGCAGAAUAUUAAAAUGCAAUUGGAAACCCUAUUUAAAGGUAUAAGUAAAUUAAUCCACGAGUACAAAUAUAAUUUGACAUGUCUUAACCACAUUUUCAUGUAUUUGAUCAUUGUAAGCUUGAUCCCCAUUCAAAAAACAGGACUUGAACUAGGUAAUAGGCGGGACUUUCAUAGCGUGUUGUGCUUCGUGGUGCUCUGACCCCACAUCUCCAUGUCAUCAUAUCUUUGUUGCUUUGAGAACUGUCUGUCUGGUCAUGGACAAUGCCUGAAGGAGUUGACUGCAUCAUAGCAAAUAGCCAUGUCCAUUGUAAAAGCUGUGGUUUCUUUCAGUUGAUUCACUUCUUUACACAAAAUGAGAUACUAGAUGUGGUUGUUUAUCCCAUGGGGGUGGGGGGGAUCUAACAGGUAAGCAGUACCAUUUAGAACCAACCCUUAAACCCAUCUUCAUACAGAUUAUUUAACCCCUAAUAAGCUUUAUUAUCAGGCACCUGAAAUAGGAUGUAGCGCCAGCAAGGCCUUCAGAGUUAGAUUGCACUAGAUCUGGUACCACAGACUCAUGACCACAACAUGCUUCCUUUACCCAAACACACAUCUACUUAUGCCAGUGGCCAGGGAGAGGCAUUAGUCCCCUGAGGAGAAAUACAACUUGUAAAGACUGGUGGUAUAUUUGUACUCGCUUCAACAGUUCCUUCCCCUGUGAUCAUUUGUGCUUUUAUAUUUAUUUCUUCAUCAUGAACUUUGUUGUAUAAUUCAGUGUAACUAGAAUUCUAUAGGAGGUAAAUUAUUGUUUUGUACACAUUUGUAAAUAAAGUGUGUAGAUGUAAACCCUUAACAAAAGGAGGAAUCAGAGCUGUGUUAUGGAUGUACUGGCAAGAAGUAGGAUAACAUUUUCAAAAGAAUGAUGGUACACCGAGGUUACUUUUAGAGCUGGGUUUACAUGACAUUUGAUCAACACAGACUUCUAAAGCAGCUAACGUUACAUUUUAGGAUCAGAGGUAUUAAAUACCCAACAUAUUCUAGUCAUCUGACGAGUAGAACGACUGACAAACGGAAAAAAGCACGAGACAGUAUUUUAUUGGAACCAAUCAGGGAAGUGAAAAACUAAGGUUACAAGAUUAGCUAGCCAGCUACGCUGAGCUUCAGUAGGUAAUGCAGAUGCAUGUUACGGUGUGGUCUGAUGGUUCACUGCAGCUGAAGAUGAUUCAUGGUUGCCACAGUGGCCAUGGUUCGACCAA